CACACCUCUACUGUGUGUACACUGGGCGCAUCCUCCGCCCCUUCUUCACCCUUCACCCCGCCGCGUCUCCACAGCACCGGGGCCUGCACCCUGCCUGUCCAGUGCUGGGGAUCUGCCUCCCCCGAGUCCUUCUUCUCCGGCACGUUCACACCUGACAGCAUCCUUCACCAUGAAUUUCCUAAGGGGAGUGAUGGGAGGUCAACAGAGCCCUGGGGUGCAGCCGUCCGGAGCCGAGACUAUCCAAAAGCUUUGUGACAGAGUUGCUUCAUCGACCUUACUUGACGACCGAAGAGAUGCCGUACGAGCCCUCAAAUCCUUGUCCAAGAAAUAUCGUCUUGAAGUGGGCACUCAGGCCAUGGACCAUCUGCUGAACGUAUUACAGACUGACCGUGCUGAUUCAGAAAUUAUUGGCUAUGCUCUGGAUACUCUAUACAACGUCAUAUCCAAUGAUGUGGAAGAGGCAGCCGAAUCUGAAGAAGAGAACCAGCAAGUUCAGACAGAUGAUCUGGGAGUCCAGUUCACAGAAAUGUUCAUCAAACAGGAGAACGUCACAAUGAUACUGUCUAUUUUAGAGGAAUUUGAUUUCCAUGUACGUUGGCCGGCUGUAAAACUACUCACAAGUCUUAUGAAACAGCAGGGACCUCAAGUUCAGCAGAUUAUUUUGGUUAGCCCUAUGGGUGUUUCCAGGCUUAUGGAUUUGCUUGAUGACUCUAGAGAAGUUAUCCGUAACGACGGCCUUCUGUUACUACAGCAAUUGACAAAAAGCAAUGCCGCCAUACAGAAAAUUGUAGCUUUUGAAAAUGCUUUUGAGAGACUCCUUGACAUCAUAACUGAAGAAGGAAACAGCGACGGUGGUAUUGUAGUUGAAGAUUGCCUCCUGCUGCUCCAAAAUCUCCUGAAGAAUAACAACUCCAAUCAAAACUUCUUUAAAGAGGGCUCCUACAUCCAGCGUAUGAAGCCAUGGUUUGAAGUGAGGGAUGACAACUCAGGCUGGUCUGCCCAGAAAGUAACAAAUCUUCAUUUGAUGCUGCAGCUUGUAAGGGUCCUGGUAUCUCCAGGGAAUCCUCCAGGGGCCACUAGCAGUUGCCAGAAGUUCAUGUAUCAGUGCGGUUUGCUGCAGCAGCUCUGCAUCAUCCUGAUGGCGACAGGGGUCCCUGCUGACAUUUUAACAGAAACCAUAAACACCGUCUCGGAGGUCAUCAGAGGCAGCCAAGUUAAUCAGGACUACUUUGCAUCUGUAAAUGCUCCAUCAAAUCCUCCAAGGCCUGCCAUUGUGGUGCUUCUAAUGUCCAUGGUGAAUGAAAGGCAGCCGUUUGUCCUGAGAUGUGCCGUUCUUUACUGUUUCCAGUGCUUCCUUUACAAGAACCAGAAGGGUCAAGGAGAAAUUGUAGCCACUCUCCUCCCUUCAACGAUUGAUGCCACUUCACUGUCAGCCGGACAGCUACUCUGCGGAGGUCUCUUUUCCACAGAUUCUCUCUCAAACUGGUGUGCCGCCGUGGCCUUGGCUCAUGCAUUGUUAGAGAAUCCUACGCAGAAAGAGCAAUUGCUCAGAGUCCAGCUGGCGACCAGUAUUGGCAAUCCACCGGUAUCUCUACUUCAGCAGUGUACCAACAUCUUGGCACAGGGUGAUAAGCUCGACAGACGGGGUAGUAAAGUGCAGACCAGAGUUGGACUUUUAAUGUUGCUGUGCACUUGGUUAACCAACUGUCCCAUUGCGGUUACACAUUUUCUACACAACGCAGCUAAUGUGCCUUUUCUCACAGCGCAGAUAUCGGAGAACCUUGGAGAAGAGGAGCAGCUUGUUCAGGGCUUGUGUGCCCUGCUCCUAGGAAUCUGCAUUUACUAUACCGAUAACUCACUGGAAAACAAUACCAAAGAGAAGUUAAAGCAAUUGAUAGAAAAAAGAAUAGGGAAGGAAAUCUUUAUUGAAAAGCUGAGCUUCAUCACAAAGCAUGAAUUCUAUUCAAAGGCUGCUCAGAAACCCCAACCAAGUUUCUCCAGUCCUGACCACAUGAUGUUUGAUCACGAGUUCACCAAAUUAGUUAAGGAAUUAGAGGUGGUCAUUUCUAAAGCCAUCUACAAAUCUAGUGAAGAAGACAAGAAAGAAGAGGAGGAGAAAAAGUCCCUGGAGCAGCAUGAUAACAUUAUAUCUCACUACAAAAGUGUCAUCCGAGAGCAGGACAUACAACUGGAAGAAUUGAAACAAUCAGUCUCUUCUUUACAAGCUAAAAAUGAACAGUUCCAGACUACUAUCUCCCAGCAACUCGUGCAGAUUCAACAGCACAAAGAUCAGUACAAUCUUCUCAAGGUGCAACUAGGAAAAGAUAACACGCAUCACAACACACAUAACAGCAAUGCACAGAUGAAUGGGUUUCAGUCUGAAGAGGUCAGCCGGUUAAAAGAGGAAAUAGAAGAAUUGAAGAAACAGCAAGAAUUACUGCAAGGAGAGCUUUCUGAAAAGAACACUUUUGUAGAAAACUUGAAGUACAGUCAAACCGGCGGUCAGACAGAGCAAACCACUGGAGUGUCAGAGCAAGUCACAGAGCUCCAAAAGGAAAUGGAAACACUACGAUCCCAGCUCCAUGUUCAGUCUACAGAAAUCAACAGGCUACAGGCGGAAAGAAUGGAAUUGGUUCAAAAAGUAGAAGCCAGUGCUACGCUAUCGGCAUCAGGUGACAGUUCUACUGCUUCCUCCAAAAAUAAUGACCAGGAAGAAAAAAUAGCCAGUUUACUGCAGGAGAUUGGCUCUUUAAAGGAUGAACGUAAAGCACUAUCUGAGGAGAAGUCUUCUUUAAAGCAGGAGCUAGAUUCGGCUCACAGCACAGCAGCCAUUUUAAACGAUGAGAAAAUUAAACUAACGCAAGAGGUUUCUGAAUCCAAGAAGGAGCAAGAUGAUCUUUUGAUACUUUUGGCUGACCAAGACCAAAAAAUUCUCAGUCUGAAGAAUAAACUGAAAGAACUUGGCGAACAGGUGGAGGAUGAAGAUGAUUUGGAGUCUGGAGAUGCAGGUGAUGAAGAUGACCUGGAUGAGGAAGACAGCAUAGACGACGAUAUAUAGAGACAUUUAUUGGAAACGGAACUCCUGAUUUUUUUUCAUUUUAUUUUUUUCAGUAAAAAUACUCACUAUUAAUUCCCAUAAUUGAGCCCAUAGUAUGUUAUGAAGGCAAUGUGAAGGUGAAAUCCAAAGGAAGUGCAUAAUUUAGGUCCUAGAUCUGUUGCCAUAAACCUUCAAUAUAGUCCACCUACUUCCAAGCCUUCGUUAAGAAUAUAGCUUGGAAGUUUGGGCUUUUAUUGUUCUGCCAGUGUUAUAUGGCACCUUAUUCUCUCUGGUGCUCCUGCUUUCCCUUGCCAUGAGCAAAGCAUUGCUAUGCAGUGUCAAACGAUCCCCAGUCCUCUUGACUCUUCUGAAAGUUGCUGCUAUGGCCUCUUCACAGCAAACCCUGAUAAGAUGUCUAUCUUUAUAUAGAGAAUGGAAUUGGGGGGUUGGAUCGUUCUGUACCUCCGCUUGAACUCUAGAGUGUAGACCUGGAAAAGUCUAGUGCCUUCACACCGGAAUCGGCUGCAGUCCACAGUGGUAAUACCCUAUUUUAUGUAACCUGUGGAGGUAUCCGUAUUGGUAGUUCUGAUCCUUAUUUCUUUUAUUUGCAUCAAAAUGUCUUUUUAAAAUGGAGAGUGGAUUGCUUAAAACCUGGAUAGAUAUCGUCAAGCUUGUUGCCAUUGCCAGUAGGUGUCUGAACCAGUAAAGUCAGAGUUAUAUAAUUUAUUGGCUUAAAGUCAGGCCUAGAGAUUUUGCCACAGAACGAUGUUUUAAAGGAGUGAAAAUAUGAAUUACAUUAAUUUCAUGUUUUACAAAUAAAAUAAUGCAUUUCCUUAUCCAUGUUUGCAUUGGUUAUUUAAAGGGCAUCUGUCAGCAGAUUUGUACCCAUGACACUGGCUGACCUGUUACAUGUACACCUGGCAGCUGAAGGCAUCUGUGUUGCUUUCAUGUUCAUAUGU